CGGCCCGACUCACUAGAUGCUGUAAUAAGAAUAUAAAUAUUAGAAGGACGAACCCCACCACCUACUCAUAUAGCAUGGCUUUAACUUCGACUUCUCUAUCAUUUAUUGCCCUUGCGUUGGUUCUCCUGGUAUGGCUGUGGAUUGGAAAGAACAAGGAUAAGAAACUACCUCCAGGUCCAAGAGGGCUACCAAUAUUUGGCAGCCUUCAUUUGCUGGGGAAGUUCCCUCACCGAGCUCUACAUCAACUAGCCAAACAAUAUGGUCCAAUUAUGCAUCUGCAGUUAGGCUUGAUGCCAACCAUUGUUGUCUCAUCCCCUAAAGCUGCCGAAUUGUUUCUCAAGAUCCAUGACCUUAAUUUUGCGAGUAGGCCUCCUCAUGAGGCUGCCAAGUACAUGUCCUACGAGCAAAAGAACUUAUCUUUUGCUUCAUAUGGCUCCUAUUGGCGUAAUGUGCGCAAGAUGUGCACCCUAGAGUUGCUCAGUAACCUUAAGAUCAAUUCUUUCAAAUCCAUGAGAAAAGAAGAGCUUGAACUCUUGAUUGAGCACAUUAAGGAGGCUUCGCAUCAACGUGUUUCUGUUGAUCUCAGUGCCAAGGUCGCGUCUCUUAGUGCUGAUAUGAGUUGUAGAAUGGUUUUUGGGAAAAAGUAUAUGGACAAAGAGUUUGAUGAGAGAGGCUUCAAAGCUGUAAUUCAAGAGGCUAUGAUGUUAGCAGCAGCUCCUAACUUGGGUGAUUACAUCCCUCAGAUUGCAGCACUUGAUCUUCAGGGUUUUACAAAGCGCAUGAAGGCUGUUAGCAAGGUGUUUGAUGACUUCUUUGAGAAAAUUAUCGAUGAGCAUAUUCAGUCGAAGGACGAAAAAACAAAAGACUUCGUCGAUGUCAUGUUGGGCUUCGUGGGUUCUGAAGUGUCUGAAUAUCACAUAGGCAGAGAUAACAUCAAAGCUAUAAUCUUGGACAUGCUUGCAGGCUCAAUGGACACUUCAGCCGCAGUAAUUGAGUGGGCAUUAUCAGAACUCAUAAUACACCCUCGAGUAAUGAAGAAAGUCCAAAAAGAGUUGGAAGAGAAGGUUGGCAAGGAAAGAAUGGUGGAAGAAUCAGACUUGGAGAGCUUGGAAUACUUAGAGAUGGUUAUAAAGGAAACUUUCAGACUCCAUCCAGUAGCACCAUUACUACUCCCUCACGAGGCAACGGAAGACACCAUUAUUGAAGGUUUUCUCAUACCAAAAAAGUCACAUAUUAUUAUAAACGCAUGGGCAAUUGGAAGAGAUCCAAAUGCUUGGAGUGAUGCAGAGAAGUUCUGGCCAGAGAGGUUUUCUGGGUGCAACGUAGACGUUCGAGGACGGGACUUUCAGCUUCUUCCAUUUGGGUCAGGCCGAAGGGGUUGCCCUGGAAUUCAACUGGGAAUAACUGUGGUUCGAUUGGUGCUGGCGCAGCUGGUGCAUUGCUUCGAUUGGGAGCUCCCAAAUGAACUGCUACCAACCGAUUUGGAUAUGGCUGAGGAGUUCAGUCUAGUGACUCCUAGGGCCAAGCAUCUUGAGGCCCUACCCACUUAUCGCCUUCACGUUUGAACUUUUGCUAUUGUGUCUUCUACCAUCCCAAAUGUCUUUCUACCAACCGAUUUGGAUAUGGCUGAGGAGUUCAGUCUAGUGACUCCUAGGGCCAAGCAUCUUCAGGCCCCACCCACUUAUCGCCUUCACAUUUCAACUUUUGCAUUGUGUCUUCUACCCUUAGAUAUGGAAUUAUGUCCUUGGUUUAUAUAAUUGUAUUAAUAAGUAAUGUCAGUUUCCAUCGGUUCAAUGAAAUUAUGUGCCGCUUAAUAGA